ACUUGAAUGGUCAACGUUAAUGCACGAUAGCACUAUUCCAGCGAAUGCCCCCAGCAAACCUGAUGAGUUCCCCAUCAGCGCUGUCAAGAAUAUAAAGUCAGAAUUAUGCCAUGCUGCCCAUUCAAAACGACAAAGAGUCCGUAGCUAACAUCGGGUUCUCAUGCCUGCAAUGCCAGAGGGUGAUGAUUGAGAGGAAACGGGAGGCCGAAGGUUCCUCUGGGAUUUCAAUCUUUAUAUUCACUCGUGUGGUCCAACCUGAAUUGCUCAUAUUUUCCUUGCAUUUUCAGUCGAUCUCUCUCCGAAUGUCAACAUACCUCUUCCUCGUCUCGCAGACCGCCACGGAUCCUCUCCGGCUUCUUUUUAAUAAGCUCAUGUCAUGUAGAGGCUGCACCCGUCCCUCCCGGCCCGAAGUCCACACCACUGCUCUUUCGAUCAAAGAGGCUCCAAACUCCCGAUCCAUUCGUCCUCGUCCGAGGAUUCUUCCAGAAAUGGAAAAGUAUGGCACUAUUUAUACCGUCCAAAACCCAAGCAGUCAAAUUUGUCGAAGGCUUGGGCGGCGCUAAACAGAGAAUUACUCGACAAGACAGCCGCCAACACUGUUAUUGCUAGUCUGAAAUCACUUCCACCACCGUUCAUCACCGUAGCACUCCUAAGCCUACAAAAACAACUGAGGCCACUACGACUCCUUUCUCCACUUCGAUCAAUCUUGUUUCUAAACCACCUAAUCAUCAGCCUGCAGCGAUUGCCUCGACAACUGUGCAUUCCGUUUGCCUUGAGUACAAUGAUGAAGAUGCGAAUGAUAAGAUAUUCUCAUUGUGGAAACCCUCAGAUGAC